AUGAGGUUCUCAUCAUUAGGGCGCAUUGCCCUCUUCUCCUGCCUCUCGGCUUUCGUAGCCGCAGAGCCAAUGCUUACGUCGAGCUCCUUGAACACCUGCCAGGACGAUUCGAGUUUCACAGCCAGUUUAUUCAAUGUCGUUUACACGCCCAACAACAACACCGCAUCUGUAGACAUUGUUGCCACUUCUUCGGUUGAAGGAAACGUUGUAUUCGAUGUAUCGAUUUCCGCCUAUGGCUACCAGAUUAUUCGCCAGACUGUUAACCCUUGCGAGAUCGAUCUUGCUGGUCUGUGUCCCAUGACUGCUGGAAAGAUUCCUCUGAACUUCAACUUGCCCGUUGGCGAUGAAGCGGCUUCUCAGAUUCCUGGUAUCGCGUACACCUUUCCCGACUUGGACGCCACAGUCCGUGUUUAUUUGAACAUGACGGACACAGGCAAGAGUGUCGCCUGUGUCGAAGCUGAUAUUUCCAACGGCAAGACGGUAGACUUGAUCGGAGUGAAAUGGGCUCUCGCUAUUAUCGCCGGCCUGGCCCUAGUCUCUUCCGCCAUCAUCAACGGUUUGGGUCACUCCAACGCCGCCGCCCAUGUUGCUUCUGGUGCCUUGUCGCUGUUUGGUUACUUUCAGGCCCAGGCUAUCAUUGGUCUCACGGCUGUGCAGAUGCCUCCCGUCGUUCGCUCUUGGACCCAGGAUUUCCAGUGGUCGAUGGGUAUUAUCAAGGUUUCGUUCAUGCAGGACAUCUUCACAUGGUACCAGCGAGCUACUGGUGGAACUGCCGCCACUUUGUUCGACACUUUGACUACCGUCUCGGUUCAAGUUGAGAAGCGUGGCGUUCCGGUCCAAGCUGGCAUGGAUUUGAUGCGACGUGGCGUUGCCAUGGUUCCGCGAGCUGCCAACACUCUUCUCAAGCGGGCCAACAUUCAGACCGGAUCAGGAAGUUAUAUUGUCUAUGGUAUUCAGCGUGUCGCCUUCAAGGCUGGUAUUGAAACUACCAACUUGUUCAUGACUGGCUUGACCUUCUUCUGUCUUUUUGUCAUCUUCACCAUUAUGGGAGUCGCCGCUUUCAAGGGUUGGUGCGAGUUGGCUGCCAAAAAGAAGUGGAUCAAGUCCGACACGUUCUUGGAGUUCCGCAACGGUUGGCUCACUGUGCUCAAGGGCAUUCUUUUCCGUUUGACCCUUAUUGGAUACCCACAGAUGACUAUCCUCUGCUUGUGGGAGUUUACCCAGGUUGACUCGCCUGCCGAGGUUGUCCUGGCUGUCUUCUUCUUCUUCGGCAUGAGCGCGACCCUGGCUUGGGCUGCUUCAAAGGUCAUUCGCAUUGCUCGACGAUCAGUCGCAAUGCACCGCAACCCCGCCUACAUCCUCUUCUCGGACCCUCAGGCCCUGAACAAGUGGGGUUUCCUGUACAUCCAGUUCCGCGCUUCUGCUUACUACUUCAUUCUUCCCGUGCUCGGCUAUACCCUCAUCAAGGGCAUGUUCAUCGCCUUUGGCCAAGGUAGCGCAACUGCCCAGGCCGUUGGUCUGCUCAUUAUUGAAGCUGGCUGGCUUGUAGCAUCCAGUGUUAUGCGACCAUGGAUGGACAAGAGCACCAACACUUUCAACAUCUCGAUUGCCGCCAUCAACUUCAUCAACUCUGUUUUCCUUCUUAUUUUCUCCGACGUUUUCAGCCAGCCAGCCUUGGUCAACGGUGUCAUUGGUCUUAUUCUCUUCUUCCUCAACGCUAUUUUUGCUCUGGUCCUCCUGCUCAUGGUCAUUGUCACUACCGUCAUUGUGUUCUGGCGCAAGAACCCCGACACACGAUACCAAUUCAUGGCUGACGACCGAGCUUCGUUCAUGAAGUCCCAGAGUCAGCUUACCGGCACUACCGAGCUAGACGCUCUUGCUGCCACCGCUCGCGGAGACAAGGGCGGCUACAAGCCUGGAUUGGAUCUUGACGACGACAAUGAGUCGAUUUCGUCAGAGUCGAUGCGGCGCCGAACCGACACGUCAAUGAUGAACGUCCCGCAAAAUGGAUCGGGUUCAAUCCGCGGCAGUGGUUCUAACCCGCCGCGCUCGCCUGUAGACCCCUCGGUGCCAUUAUUCCCAGCAUCUGGGCAAUACAGCAACAAUAACCGACCAGCGAGUCCCUACGGUAACAACCCUGCAGCAUUUAGGGCACAGCAUAAUGCUAGUCCAUGGCAGCGCGGAGCCGGCUACGACCACUAG